CUGAGCUUCCACGGCCGCCUGCGGGAGGACCGCGAGGGGCUAUUCCUCACCCGCUACACCGACCUGGGCUGCAGCAGCAUGCUGGUUGCAUCCCAGCUGGAACCAGCGUAUGCCAGGACAGUUUAUCCAUGUUUUGAUGAGCCUGACAUGAAAGCCACAUUUAAUAUCAGGAUUGUCCAUGACCCAAGCUACGUGGCUCUUUCAAAUAUGCCUGCUAUUGGUGUAUCUGAAAUGAAGGAUGAAAAUGGAAGCCUGUGGAGUGUUACCACUUUUAACACUUCACUGAAAAUGUCAACUUACUUAACUGCUUUUGUGGUCUGUGAUUUUGACUAUGUCAACACAACAGAGAGAGGAAAGGAGAUACGUAUUUGGGCUCGGAAAGAGGCAGUUAAGAACGGGUAUGUUGACUAUGCUUUAAAUAUCACAGGCCCAAUAUUUUCAUUUCUGGAAGACUUAUUUAACAUCAGCUACCCUCUGCCAAAGACAGGUGAGAUUAUUUAUUUUCUUUAA